UAAGCUAGUCAAAUUGGUUGAGAGGGAGUGUGCAUUUGCAGUGGUGGUCAUCACUUUGAUCACUUGCAUGCAUGGGGCACCAUUCCUGCUGCAACCAGCAGAAGGUGAAGAGGGGCCUCUGGUCUCCUGAGGAGGAUGAGAAGCUCGUCAGGUACAUCACCACCCAUGGCUAUGGCUGCUGGAGCGAGGUCCCCGAGAAAGCCGGAUUGCAGCGGUGUGGGAAGAGCUGCCGGCUGCGGUGGAUCAACUACUUGAGGCCGGACAUCCGACGAGGGCGGUUCACACCGGAGGAGGAGAAGCUCAUCAUCAGCCUACACGCCAUUGUUGGCAACAGGUGGGCCCACAUUGCCAGCCACCUGCCUGGCCGGACCGACAACGAGAUCAAGAACUACUGGAAUUCGUGGAUCAAGAAGAAGAUACGCAAGACUCCGGCGCCGGUGGCGAACGUGACCACAACCUCGUCCACAACGACGGCGACGUCGACGAGUCCCACUAACAACGGCCUUGCUCCUUGCAGCGGCAGCACGGCGACGUCGGACGUCCACCGCCGCCGCAUGCAGCAUCCGACGUUCAGUUGUACCGUGGCGGCGGACCACCUGCAGCUCGACGCCAUCAUCGGCGUCCACCAGCAGAAUAGCCUAACUCUGCCGGUCUCCGGCGGAGCCGAUCAGGACUCGCCGCCGGGGAUUGCGCAUCACUGUCCACUCUUCAUGUUCGACACCGGCAUCUGCCCGCCGUUCGCGUCCCCCACGGCGCAGCAGCACCCGUUCAUCGCCAGCUUCACGGCGGCGAUGGCGGAAGCGGACGCGCCGGGCUGCUACCAUCUGCCUCCCCUGGUGGACGGCAUGGGUGCCAUGGGAAUGGGCAUGGAAGCCAUGGACGAUCACUGCGGAGGCGGCAUGGGCAAUGGGUGCUACGGCGAUGAGCAGAGGCAGCAAAGGCGGCGGCCGGAGCUGGAGGAGGAGGAAGGGGAGCAGCUAGGGCAGCAUGAGCAGUGGGACGAGGAGCAGCUGCUGAUGUGGGAUGACCAAGAAGUACUAACACCGUCCAACAUGGAGGCCAUGCAAAGUGGUGCACAUCACUCCCUCCUUUUUAUGGGACCAAAUGCAUGAUUAAAGUUGGUAAAUCUAUGUGCAUAUAUGCUUUGCUUGCUCCAUGCAUGCACGAUCAACAAGUAUCUCGCCCUCUCUCACAUCUGAUCUUUCUUUCUCUAGCUUACUCUGAUCUCUGCUCUGAUCCGUCCAUACAUGAAAUAAUGAGGUUUUCCAAAGGUGCACGUAAUUUAUUGUGUUUGAUUUUUAUUCCUUCGUUUUUCUUAACUUUUUUGUUUGGAGUGAAAAUGUGUGCUAAUUGGGUUUUUGUAAAGAGAUAACUUGCAUGCAACUUUGCAUGGCAUGGGAACUGGUGUGUAAUUCGAUUGAUGUACUAGCUAAGUGAAUUUAUAAUAAACAUGAAGGAAAGAAAGGGAACCCGACGGCCCCUCCUUUUGUUCUU